UUCGGCUUGAAUUUCUUACCCCUAACUCUCUUAUAUUUGAAACCCUUGAAGCUAGUAACCAACUGCUCUUUGUUGUCUGUAUACUCUUGAAGGAUUCUCUUUUGGUGAGCAAAAAUGUUAUCUAACUAUGAGAAAAUGCUUGUCAUCCCUCCAACCACUAAUCAAUGGACACAGAAUCAAAUAGAUGAUGUUAAGAUAAUGGAAAAACAAGGUCAAAAACUUCAUCAGCAGCAGCAACAACAAGCUCUCAAGUGUCCACGUUGUGACUCAUCAAACACAAAGUUUUGUUACUACAACAACUACAGUUUGUCACAACCAAGACAUUUCUGUAAAGCUUGCAAACGUUAUUGGACAAGAGGUGGUACUCUUAGAAAUGUUCCUGUUGGUGGUGGUUACAGAAGAAACAACUCAAACAAACGUAGUAACAAUACUACUCUCAUCAAAAUACCCUCCACCAUUGAUACUUCUAUUUCUUCUUCUCCUUCAACUCCUAGUUCCACACCAAACACCACUUCUUCAAAUUCAACCUUAAAUCAUAAUAUUAGUCCUAUGUUUUAUGGUUUAUCAAGUAGUAACUCUUGUGAUGUGAAUCUUCCAUUCUCAAGGUUCAAUAUCUCUAGACUCUCAACAAGUUCAGGUUAUGAUUUUCAGCCUCAGAUGAAUACUAUUGGAUUAGGCUUUUCAUCUGGGUUUACGUCCAGUGAAGCCAAUGAUCAUAAUGGUUAUACAAAUGGAUUUACUUCAAGAUAUGGUUCAAUCUUUAGUUCUUCUUCUGUACCAAGUAAUGCAUCAGUUAUGCCUUCUCUGCUGCAACAUAAAUUCAUCAAUGAUGGUAGCAACAGUUUUCAGGGCUUGGAAUUCAACAAUUUGGGGAAUGGAAGUGAGAAAGGAACGAAGAAAGAUGAAGGAGAGAUGGAGCAUGUGGGUGGUUUGUAUGAUCCAGCUGCUUCUUCACUUUACUGGAAUACAGCAUCAUCAUCAGCUAUUGGUGUUUGGAACGAUCAAGCUUCUAAUAUUGGUUCAUCAGUUACUUCUUUGAUCUAGAGUGAACAAUAAACUCAAUCCUCAGUUCAAGUUCAAGAUAUGUCUCAGAAUCAGAAUCAGGGUAACGUUCAGGGUGAUGAGAAGAGCAAAGAAAAAUCGCCUAUGACGUGGCACAGAAUUGUUUGCGAUGGUUUCGAAAAAAAGAAGGGUUCGAAGGUGCCGGUGUACAAUCACUUGAGGUUGAGGAGGAGCGGGAGGAUAUGCUAUUUUGGUCCUCAACUAAAACAAGGUGCGGCAUGGACUGUAGCGGGAAACCCGAUUGACUUGUGUGACGAGAAUGAAUGAAUGAAUGCCUAAUUAUUUUCGAUUUUUUUAUGUUUUAUUUUUGUGUUCUGCACAUUUUGUUUGACAUUAUGGU